AUGUUGUGGGCGAGGAAAUAUGAGUGUUCGAAUAGAUUUCGUAUCUACAAGUACAUUGGCGAACAUAGUUGUAGCGUUGAACAUGCCAACAGUGGCCAUAGAAAAAUUUCAAUCAAAGUCAUUGCUUCACUUUGUGUAAAUAUGUAUCGUGAUGGAAAGGAUCCAAAUGUUAAUGAGAUUCAAAGAGCUAUGCUUAAUUCGUUUCAUUAUAGUCCAAGUUAUUGGAAAUGUUGGAAGGGUGGUAUGGUUGCCAAGGAAAUGGUCCGAGGGACAGUGGAGAACGGAUAUUCAUGCUUACCGGCUUUUUCCUACAUGUUCGAGACAUUUAAUGUUGGCUCUAGCUAUUGUAUCAUGGUAAACAAGAAUAGUCAUAGGUUCAUGUAUUAUUUCUUCACCUUUGGUGCUUGCAUUAAAGGAUUUGCCCACAUGAGAAAGGUAAUUGCGGUUGAUGACACUCAUUUACAUGGUAAAUACGAGGGCGUGUUGUUGAGCGUUGUUGCACAAGAUACAGAGAAUCAUGUUUAUCCAAUUGCCUUUUGUGUCAUGGACAAAGAGAAUGAUGCAUCUUGGACAUUCUUCUUUGAGAAGUUGAAGGAGAUUGUGGUCGAUGAACCAGAUUUGUGUUUUAUCUCCGAUAGACACAAGAGUAUCGCCAAAGGAAUUGUGAACGUUUACAAUCAUGCUCACCAUAGAUAUUGUAUGAGGCACUUCAGUGAAAAUCUCCGUGUAAAUCAUCAUUGUGGAGGUUACCUUUAUAUUUACUACAAUGCGGCAAAGGCUUAUUCUUUAGAGGAGUUUGACAAUCAUUUUGUAGAAUUCAAGAACAAAUGUCUCACGGCAGCCGUCGUCCUUGAGUAUGAUGUUGGUUUUGAUAAGUGGAGCAGGGCACAUUUUCCUGGCAAUAGAUAUGAUGUGAUGACCACAAAUUAA